GGUCUCCCCUCGCGCGGUCUCCUCCUCCUGGGCCACAGCGCAGCCGAGAGCCCCGCGCGGAGGAGCGGGGGGGCGCCGCGCACUCGUACGACACGCGCCGCGGCGGGACCGGCCCCGGGGGGCGCCCCCGGCGCGCCUCCCUCCCCAAGCCCGCCGCGCUCCCCUCCCCCCCGCCGGUGUCCCCAGGACUCCGGGCCGCGCGUCCAGCCCCAGACGCGCGGGGGGUCCCCGAGGAGGGGCCAGCCCGGCCUUGGCGCGGCGAUGGAGGAGCCGCAGCGCGCGCGCUCGCAUACCGUCACCACCACUGCCAGCUCCUUCGCGGAGAACUUCUCCACGAGCAGCAGCAGCUUCGCCUACGACCGGGAGUUCCUCCGCACUCUGCCCGGGCUCCUCAUCGUGGCGGAGAUCGUUCUGGGACUGCUGGUGUGGACGCUGAUUGCUGGAACCGAGUACUUCCGGGUCCCUGCGUUUGGCUGGGUCAUGUUCGUAGCUGUAUUUUACUGGGUCCUCACCGUCUUCUUCCUCAUCAUCUACAUUACAAUGACCUACACCAGGAUUCCCCAGGUGCCCUGGACAACGGUGAUCUCAUCGAACCCGGAUCACCUCUCCGAUGCUGCAUCUCCAAAUGGCACCAUGUUGUCAAGUAGAGCUUCUGUGCACGUGGGGGGACACAGACAUUCAGUCCAUAAUAUUCUGCCCCUGCCUCCCCAAAAUCAUGCCCUUCGAAUGUGCAAAAUGCUUUCAUUCCAUCUCAGCCUCCCCAAAAGUCUUAACUCGUUCCAGCAUCGACUGAAGUCUAAGAUCCAAAGUUUCUCCUAAAUGUCAUCGAGAUCAAGUACGAUGAGAGUGGAGGUACAGUUCAUCCUCAGGCAGAAUUCCUCUCCAGCCGCGAGCCUGUGAAACCAGACAAGUUAUGUACUUCCAGGAUACAGUGGUGGGACAGGCACAGGAUAGAUGUUCCCUUUCCAAAAGGAAAAAUAGAGAAGAAGGAAGGGGAGGCGAGUCCCAGGCAAACCCGGAACUUACAAGACAAAUUCUAUUGGGUCUUAAGUCUCCAGAAUAAGUCUCUUUGGUUCAGUGCUCUGCCAUUAGGCCUCCUGGGGUGGCAUUGUCACCCCUAUGCAUCUGUUGGGUGACCCUGCCCCUGAGACACAGAACCCAGAGAGGCAGGCCAACCCUUUGAAACUGAGGAGUAACCAACUUUUCCCUGGGGCCUGAUCAUCUCUGCAUCAGCCUCUCGGUGAUUCAUUUUUUUUUCUGGAAGACUGGCACGUAUUCACAGCCAAAUGGCUCUGUGGUUCGAAGUCGGCAGCAAUUCUUUAUUUUGUCCCAUCUCCACCCUUUUCGUUCAAAUGGCAGCGUUUCACUGGUAUAAUCCCUUACCUGUUCCUGGCUUCUGCUGACACAUGAUUAGAUCUGUGGUUUGCAGCCAUGAUCUCUAUCAAAUGGUUGUUUGGCCACACCUGUACUGUUCUCUUUGGAGCAAGCUCUUUCUUUCUUUUAGUAGUUUUUUUAAAAAUUUAUUUGAGAGAGAGAGAGUUGGGGGGAAGAAUGGAGGGAGAGGAGGAGAGAGAGUCCUAAGCAGACUCCAUGCUGAGUGUGCACAGCCCAACACGGGGCUCGAUCCCAAGACCCCGAGAUUACAACCUGAGCUGAAACCAAGAAGAUUUGGAUGCUCAACCACUUGUGCCACCCAGCACCCCAAGCUUUCUUAUUUUUUUUGCAAUAUGGAUAGGCUGAGAACUUUCCAGACCUUCAAGUUCAACAGUUUCUUCUUUAAUUCAUCUCUCUCCUUGUGCAUUUUACUAUAAACAGGAGGAACACUUUGCUUAAAAAAUCUCCCCAUUUAAAUGUCCAGUUUUUGGGACUCCUCGGUGGCUCAGUCAUUUAAGCGUCUGCCUUCAUCUCUGGUCGUGAUCCCAGGGUCCUGGGAGCGAGUCCUGCAUCCACUCCUUGCUCAGCAGGGAGCCUGCUUCUCCAUCUGUCUGCUGCUUCCCCUUCUUGUGCUCUCUCUCUCUUUGACAAAUAGAUAAAGUCUUAAUCAGCUUCAACAUCCAUAGUUCUAGUAUGUUCUUCAAAAUUCUACAGCCUUUACUCAUUAUCCAGUUCCAAAGCCAAUUUUAUAUUUUUAGAUCUUUGUUACAGCAACAUCCCACUCCUGGUUCCAAAAUCUCUCUACGCCACUCUUGAUCUAAAUUCUGUAUUAGUCAGAGUUCUCUAGAGAAGCACGGGCUUUAGGUUGUGUGUGUGUAUAAAGAGAUUUAUUAGAAGGAAUUGGUUCACAUGAUUGUGGAAACUGAGAAGUCCCAAGAUCUGCUGUCCACAAGCCAGAGAUCCAGGAAUGCUGAUGGUGUAGUUCCCGGCUGAGUUCAAAGGCCUGAGAACUAGGGAUGCUCUAAGUUCUAGUCCGAAAGCCACCAGGCUUGAGACUGAAGAAGACCUGAUGUUUCAAUUCAAGCCUAAAGGCAGGAAAAAAGACUGCUGUCCCAGCUCAAGGCAGUCUGGCAGGAGCACUUCCCACUUACUCAGCCUUCUUGUUCUAUUCAGUUCUUCAACUGAUUUGACGAAGCCCACCCACUUAGAGAGGGCAGUCUGCUUUACUCACUCUGUAGAUUCAAAUGUUAGUCUCAUCCAGAAACCCCUACAGAUAGACCCAGAAUAAGGUUUGACCAAAUAUCUGUGUACCUGUGGCCCAGGCAGGUUAACAUAUGAAAUCAUCCCAUCAUCAUGGUACCCUGUAGAAAGUGUGACGGAAGUUACCAUCUUAGCUGGGACAGCUGGGAACUCUUCCAGGAGGAGCCAGCAUUUAGUGUCAUCUUGAAGACUGAGCAUGCACAUCCUAAGGAGAGCUCACAGAGAUAAAAGGUGAGGUCUCCCUUGCCUUGGAGCAUUUGCAGUCUUGUUGGGGAAUUUGAAGUAGCUGCAUGAUUUAAGAAACAAAAGAACCCCAUUUAGUGCCACACAUGUCUGUAUGAAACAGACCUCUAUAGAGUGAUACUCUCUUUUUGUUUGUUUUCAACCAAUAUAUCAGAAAAAUAUCCAGCUCCCAAUAACUGGUUGAUAAACCAGAUUUGAAGUAUAGCGUAUUUGUGGGUUGUAGACAGAAAUGAACUUGGCAGGCCUUGCCCACAGCACCAUCACUGCUCAAAAUGUACCUGGCUUUGUUCUUCCUGGGAGCUGCCUUCAGAGCUAAGUCAACCCGCAAGAAAGCAGGUCUCAUUCGAUUUCACAAAGCACAGUUACUGCCUCUUGACGGUUUUCCCAAAUACAAAAGGGAGGAUUCUCCACUACGAUUCUCAGAAAUGUGGUUCUGAAAGUAAAACCAGUCUAUGUGCCCAGAGCCACCUGGGGCGGCACAACCAGCCUUGCUGGAUUUGGGGUCCUGCCUCCCUGGGUGGGCACUGGGAGGAAAGACUCAUUUGGAUGUGGGGAAUCAAAAAAGGGGAGCCCCUCGAAGUAGCAGUCACAGGGAGAGCAUACAGCCCAGGGGGGCGAGGGCAUGUAAGGAAUGCUGUUAUGGAGAAAGAGGGGUCUUAAAAGGGUGUCUUGAGCAAAGUGCUUGGAACUUGGAAGAAGAGAACUUGGAGACUGUCACAGGAGAGGAAGUGGGUAAAUGCGGGCAUGAGCGGUACCUUGCAUUCCACUCCUGCUGAGUCUCAAUUCCUAGGGAUGUUAUCUGGAUCAGGGCUGGGCAAACUUCCGCUAUACAGGACUAGACAGUAAGUAUUUUCUUUUUGGGGGGCUAUACAAUCUGUCAUGACUACUCAGCUCUGCUUGCACCUUGAGAUCAGCUGUAGACAAUUUGCAAAUGAAUGAACGUGAUAGUCUUUCCUAUAAAACUUUAUUCCCACAAACUGGCUGUGGGCCAGAUUUGGCCUAUGCCCAUAGUUUGCUGACUUCUGCUCCAUAUCAUCUCUGGUCUCUCUCUUCUCUAAGCCAAAAGUACUUCCACUGACUUUUACAUUAAAAAUUUUAAAUUUCAAAAUAUUUUAAAAUAGUUUCUUUUGUCUUAAUUUAUGUUUCAUUAAUUUAUUAUUUUAUAUUUUUAAAAAUAUUUAAAAUGUCUUACUACAUUAAAUUUUUUUAAAAUUAAAGAUUUAUUUACUUAUUUUAGAGAGAGAGAGAGAACAAGGGAAGGGGCAGAGGGAGAGAGAGAGAAAAUCCCCAGCAGAUUCACCACUAAGAAUGGAGCCCUACAUGGAGCUUCAUCCCAAGACCUUGAGAUCAUGACCUGAGCUGAAAUCAAGAGUCAGCUGCUUAACCAUCUGAGCUACCCAGUGGUUUAAAAUUUAAAAUGUAAAUUUUAAAUUCAAAUAAAAUUUUGAAAUUUAAAAAUAAAGUUUUAAAUAAAAAUUCAAAUUUUAAUUAUUUAAAUUUAAAAUAAAAAUUUAAAUUAAUUUAAAAUUUUAAAUUAUUUAUUUAAAUUUAAAAUAAAAGUUGAGGGGCACCUGGGUGGCUCAGUGGGUUAAAGCCUCUGCCUUCAGCUCAGGUCAUGAUCCCAGGGUCCUGGGAUCGAGCCCCACAUUGGGCUCUCUGCUCAGCAGGGAGCCUGCUUCCCCCUCUCUCUCUGCCUACUUGUGAUCUCUGUCUGUCAAAUAAAUAAAUAAAAUCUUUUUUAAAAAAAGAAUUUAAAAUAAAAAUUGAAAAAAAUUAUAAUUUUAAUAUUAAAAAUAUUUAAAAAUUAGAAGACUGCUCUAGCUCAGUCGGUAGAGCAUGAGACUUUGUUUUUCCCCUAAGCAAUAACAAGAUUGGAUUUGCUCAUAAAUUUGUGAUUUGGGAGGAGCUCAAUAGGACAGUCUAGCUCUGCUUCCCUCAUCAGCUGGGAUGGCUUGAAGGUGGCUGGAGGCUGGAGUCAUCACAUGACUAGCAGCUGAUACUGCUCUGGCCAGGGCCAGAGUACCUACACGUGGCCUCUCUGUGAGCCUGUUUGGAUGGUCCACAGACCAGUGGCUUGGCAUAUAUAUACACACACACAUAUAUAUAUAUUUAUAUGAUUACAUAAUUAAUUACAUUUAUAUAUUAUAAACAUAUAAUUUUGUAUGUAAAUAUAUGGAUUAUAUUUAAUUAUACAUUAUAUAUAAUUAUAUAUUUUUAAUUCUAUAAAUAUAUAAUUUUUGAAGUUUUUAAUUCUUUAUUUACAUUCAGAUCAGUUAACAUGUACUGUAUUAUUAGUUUAAGGGAGAGAAUUUAGUGAUUCAUCAUUUGCCUCUAACACCCAGUUCUCAUUCCAUCAAGUGGAGCAUGAGACUCUUAAUCGUGGGUAUGUAAAUUUGAGCCCCAUGUUAGGUGAAGAGAUUAUUUAAAAUUUAAAAAAAAAAAUGAAGUAUUGCUUUUAUUUUUUUUUUUUCAAGAUUUUAUUUAUGUAUUUGAGAGAGAGAAAGAGAGAGAGUGAGCAUGAGAGGUGGCAGGUCAGAGGAAGAAGCAGACACUCCCCCCCCCCACACGUCUUCUCCACCACCCCCCCCCAACUGAGCAGGGAGCCUGAUUUGAGACUUAAUCCCGGGACUCCAGGAUCAUGACCAGAGCCGAAGGCAGUUGCUCAACCAGCUGAGCCACCCAGGCACCCUCAAAUAUUGUUUUUUUGGUUUUUGGUUUUUUUUUUUUUUUUAAUUAACAAUGCUCCCUUCUGGCACUUCCUAGUUUUAAAAUGCUUUGAUUUGCUUGAUCAGAAUUCAUCAUAAUGAAGUGUGUCCCCCUUUUAUAAGCCAGAAAAUGGAGAUUUAGAGCCUCAUGGCUUCUCCCAGAUGCACACACAGCUGGGGUCCAUCUCUCUCUAUUUCCAUCCAGCAUUUUUUUCUGAUCUUGUUCCAUUCCAGGCAUGCCUCUGCCUGAGUAAUGUAUAAGAACCCAACCAGCAGUCAGGAGACCAGGACUUGGAGACCCAUUAGAGUUAUUGAAUCCUUCAUCUCAUCAAGCAAGCCCGUCAGCCUCCACCUACAGGUUGCACACUCACAUGUGGGCCAAGACCAGACGGGUCAUGCAAAUGAGUGUAAAUUCAGUGAGUGCUGAAUUCUCACCACCCAGAAACAGUUUGGAGGCAUCUUAACCAAAUGGGGAAUAUUCUUCACUUCCCAAAGAAAUAAAUUGCAAACGGGCUCUCAGAAUUGUUAGAUCUGUUGUUUAUUUCCCUCCCUAAGGCAAUCCAGAAAUCUGGGCUUUUGUGUGAACUCUUUCACUUUUAAAAUAUUUAUAGCCAAAUUUUAAAAACUUAUUUUGUUACUGGCAGAUGCUACAGGUCAAACAUGUCUGACUUCGGGUUGAGGGGGUUUCUAUUUCCUGCUUUGAGAAGCCCCUUUGUGACCUCUCCGAGCAAUCGUGAGUGGGUUGAGCAGUGUUAACUGGACAUCCUGAGUGGGGUCUGUGGAAAGUUUUCACGUGUAACAGUGGAGGUCUCAGGUCUUUUAUUACCUACGCCCAGCAGGGGCUCAUGUAGAAACAGACUAGUUUGGACGCUCGCUAGCCCCCACUGUAUGUCCCACACUAACUGAAGCAUGACAGGGGUCAGGUGGACCGGGACUUUCCAGAGAUAGCCAAUAGGCUUCUGGUGCCAGACUGAGCCUUCUAGAAUUUCACUGCUCAAAGUACAGCCCCUGGACCAGUAGCAUCACAUGGGAGCUUAUUGGAAAUCUUUGGCCCUGCCCCAGACCGACUGGAUCAGAAGCUCUAUGGAGGGUCUGGAAAUCUCUAUUAUAAGCUUUCCAGAUAAUUCUUAGGCACCUAAUGUGUAGAAAACACAGGUUUACAGAUAAUACGGGUCCACACCUCUUCCCUGGAACCUUUAGGCCAGAUAUGUUUGCAAUCACGAUUUUUCUUUUUCCAAAUUUUAGGAAGAAGUAAUCUGGUGCAUUUAUUACAUAAGUUGACCCCUCCUCCUGAGUCUGGGGGCAGCACUGUAAUCAGACAUGUUAAUAUUUCUGCAAAAUACAUGCAUUUUCCUGCUAAAAGAAAUGAUAAAGACUGCAUUGCUCCCAUGUCCAUGCUAGACAGUUUUCGCUGUCAGGUCACUUUGGGAUUUACUUUUGGUCUUUCGGAGCAUUUGGGGAAUAUCUAAGAUUUCAGAGAAGGGAUCAGUAGAUCCCUUUUAGUCCCCUGGAAGCUUGACUGGGAGACCUCCCAAGGGACACUACAAAAAACAGAGUGGUAGUUUCGCCUUAUAUCUCUUUGCUUGACAAGGCAUGAGCUUUGCACUGGACUUGGCUUGACAAUAGGCAUUUUCCUUAACACAUCUGAAGAGAAUACAGGUGCACAUUUACUGUCUCCUUCCUUAACAUGGAGCGGGAACCACAGCGGGUUCCCGAGAGCACCUCUGAGCUCCUGGGCAGUAUCAUCUACCGGAGAGGCUGCGAUGUGCUUUCUGACAAAUCUGGUCUGAGCUAAAACUUCAAGGCAGAACAAAACAGUUUGUCCUCAGAGCACUGAGCACCAGGACCUCCACAAAAGCUUUUUCUGAGGAUUCGUCCUCUGCACCUCACCCCUGUUGGCUUCGCUGCAAGAACUCCAAACCACAGGGGUCACAGGGCAGAGGCCGGUGGGCGUGGCCUCCUGCUGUGGGCAGUAGCAGCCAUCAUUGGGAAAUCCCUGCUGGUGCCAGAGGUCAUGCUGGGUCCUUCAGAUCUUAAAGUGUUUCACCUCCCACUAACUGCAAAGAGGGAAUGGAUUAUUUCUGUUUGGUGGGUAAAGAAACUGAGACAUUAGAGGAUUUUUGUAGGAAUAGGAUGCAGGUCCUGGGAGGCCAACCACAGUUGUCAGCCCUGGAGUCUGCUUGGCUCCCAGGGGACACAAGUGCCCUGGUUCUAGUCUUUAGGAAUUCGCUGGAAGAAACUGCCUCCCCUCUACUGGGAAGGAAUGAAGCAUUCUUGACAGUUACGUUUGGUCAGUGGCAGAUCCCAAUAACACAGUGUGGAGGGUCAACAAAGGGGCUAGCUGUUUGAGGGUUUUUAUCUAUGGGUGCCUUUAUGGGGUGGGGAGGACAUUUUAUACCAAAGAGGGAUCAAAUUUCAGAAAAGAAUAGCCUCCCUCCACCUUCCCCAAAAGGGAAUAGCUGGAAAUCUUUUAUUUUUUUUUUUAAUUUUUUAAUUCAUAUAUAAUUAUUAUUAGCCCCAGGGGUAAGGUCUGUGAAUUGUCAGGCUUACACACUUCACAGCACUCACCAUAGCACAUACCCUCUCCAGUGUUCAUAACCCAACCACCCACUCCCUUUCCCCCUACCCCCAGCAACCCUCAGUUUGUUUUGUGAGAUUAAGAGUCUCUUAUAGUUUAUAUCCCUCCAGAUCCCAUCUUGUUUCAUUUUUUCCUUCCCUUCCCCCCAAAUCCCCCACAUUGCCUCUGAAAUUCCUCAUAUCAGGGAGAUCAUAUGAUAAUUGUCUUUCUCUGAUUGACUUAUUU